AUGAGUUUAGCAGAUACAACAUUACGCGAUGCGUCGGCCAGUGUGCCUGCGCUGCGGGUUGUCUCGCUGAAGCGCCGCGCGGUGCUGCGGUGCCCCAAUGCUAAGGUGUGUGCUGUGGACUGGGCGCCCGACAGCCGGCAUGUGCUGUCUGCGUCGCAGGACGGCCACCUGAUUGUGUGGAACGCCAGCACGGGCCACAAGGUCCAGGCGAUCUCGCUGCGGAUGUGCUGGGUCAUGUCGUGUGCGUACUCGCCGUCCGGCCAGCUGAUCGCCUCGGGCGGUCUCGAUAAUGUGUGCUCGAUCUACGAUUUGCGGCGGCGCGAGAGUAUUGUCAAGGUCCCGGUCGCAAAAGAGCUUGUGGGCCACAGUGCCUACAUUAGUGCCUGUCGCUUCCUCGACGACCGCCAGCUGGUGACCGGCUCAGGCGACAUGACAUGCGCGCUAUGGGACGUGCCGGGUGAGCGCAUGGUGCGCCAGUUCCAGGGGCAUACAGGCGACGUGACCAGUGUCGCGCUUUCGCCCCAAAACCCCCACUUGUUCGUGUCGGGCUCGUGCGAUGCGCGCGCGAAUGUGUGGGAUACACGCACCACCACACCCGUCCAGUCGUUUGCGGACCACGCGCGCGACGUCAACUCGGUCGACUUUCACCCGGAUGGCGCCGCGUUUGCGACCGGCUCAGACGACGCGACGUGCCGCUUGUUUGACCUGCGUGCGAAUAGAGAACUGGCGACCUACGCACACGGGACGAUCAGCACAGGUGUCACGUCGGUCGCCUUUUCGAAAUCAGGGCGUAUCCUCCUGAGCGCGUACGAGGACAACCAUGCACAGCUCUGGGAUACGCUGCGCAUCGAGCGCGUGGGCGUCAUCCAUGGCCACGAUGCGCGGAUCUCAUCGGUCCGCGUGAGCCCUGCAGGAAACAGUAUAGCGACCGGCGGCUGGGACGCCAAGGUCUUGGUGUGGGGUAUCUAG